CCCCCCUCCCCCCUCUGCAGCCGCACGGCGAUGGCAGACUUUGGACGUAUCGAGGAAGUCGCAGUGAUCGGUAACACCGACAUAACUUCAACCGAAUCCGAGAACAACUUUAUAAACACGAUGGUGGAAAGAGGGGCGACUCUGUUGAGAAAAAUGGAGAUAAAUGUGGCGGAGGCCGAGAAGAGAACCGGGAAGAACACGGUGAACAUGCAGGAAACGUACACUGUUUACCUCAUAGAGAUACGGCCAGUUGAAACGGUUCCAGAGGGGGGGACUCCCGCGGCACCUGACACUUUGUGGAGACGCUACAGUGAUUUUGAGUUGCUCAGAACAUACCUCCUGGUCACCCACCCCUACAUCAUCAUCCCUCCGCUACCAGAGAAAAGGGCAGAGUUUGUGUGGCACAAACUGGCAGCCGACAACCUCGACCCAGACUUUGUAGAGCGAAGGAGAGUCGGCCUUGAAAACUUCCUGCUUCGGGUUGCCUCGCAUCCCGUCCUUUCCAACGACAAAAUCUUCCUCCUCUUUCUGACCGAGGAGAAAGGUUGGAGGGAUGCGGUUUUGGAGACCGGUUUCCAAGACAAGGUUGACUCCAGAAUAAAGUCUCUGAGUGCCAUGUACAGAGUCAAGAACCCUGACAAACGAUUCACUGAACUGAAACUCUACAGUGAUGAACUGAACUCUGUCAUCUCUCAGUUACUGAGGGUGCGGGUGAAAGUAGCAGACAGGCUGUAUGGAGUUUACAAGGUCCAUGGUAACUACGGCAGAGUAUUCAGCGAGUGGAGUGCUAUUGAAAAAGAGAUGGGAGAUGGACUACAGAGUGCGGGCCACCACAUGGACACGUAUGCCGCAUCCAUAGAUGACAUUCUAGAGGAAGAAGAGCACUACGCAGACCAACUGAAAGAAUACCUGUUCUACACUGAUGCUGUCAGGUCAGUGUGUAGGAAGCAUGAGCUGAUCCAGUAUGAGUUGGAGAUGAUUGCUCAAGACCUCGUCCAUAAAAAACAACAGAAAGAAGAGAUGAUCACUGGGACAGUACGUGUCUUUUCUCUGAAGGGGAUGACCAGUAAACUGUUCGGCCAAGAGAGCCAGGAGCAGAGGGAGAGCAAGUUGGCCGCCCUGGAGCAGAGUAUCCGUGAAGGAGAGGAAACGCUCAAGGAAAAGAACACCGAGUGCCAGGAGUUUGUGCAAACAGCCUGCGAAGACAUUGAACGUUUCAAGGAACAGAAGGACAGAGAUCUGCGUGAAGCACUAAUUAGCUAUGCCAUUAUGCAGAUCAGCAUGUGUAAGAAGGGAAUCCAGGUGUGGUCCAACGCCAAGGAGUGUUUCAACAAAAUGUGAGCCACCGUCCAGCCAAUGACUCUUACACCAUCAGCCAAUGACUCUUACACCAUCAGCCAAUGACUCUUACACCAUCAGCCAAUGACUCUUACACCAUCAGCAAACCGUUAAACUACAGUGUUACGGAGACUGGUCAUCGGAUCCAAGAAUACAGCGCUCACUUGGUUCCCUGAGUUACUUAUUUAGUGGAUCCAUGUUUUUUUUUUUAAAUCGGUGUCUAUAAGAGUACCCAUGGCCUUUUCAUCAUGUAGCUCUCCUACUGCAGAUGACCCACACUUCCAAUACUUUUCCUCCUUCCUUGCACCGAUCCUGCAUCCUUAUGCACUUAUGGGGCUCGAUAGUUGCCCAAAGGGGAAAUACAUUGCUGUGCAGUGUAUUUCAGCUGCACGUCACUUCCUAAAUGUAGCAGACCUGUACAAUGACAUCAAAGGACAGAUGUUGGGGAAUCUGUGUGACAGCUGUUGACAGGAAUAAUUUCCAGAAGAAUCAUUCUACCACACCUACUUCCUUGCUUCAAAAGAAAGAGGUUUAUUCUUUUUUUCAGACUAGUAAAUUAAAAAAAUAUGAAGGGGAGGUUUGUCAAAACUAAAAUGUAUUUUCUUCUAAAGUUUGUGUUUUGUAAAUGCUGAUGUCAGUCUUAAUUCUGUUAUUAAUUAAUCGCUGACCAAACCGCUUAUAACCAAGUACAGUCUGUA